UUCACGGCUCAGCUACUAGUUUGUGCAUUUCAGGCCUUCCACGUUGUUUGCGAUGUUUUGUUGGUGGUUCCUUGUGCUUGGCAUCACAGCCGUGCACGCCAGCCUUCGUGGCAAGCUGCAAGUAGCUGCUGGUUCUAUGAGUGCAGAGCAGUUGCGUGAGACUGUCUUGCACGAAGUCAUGGAAGCCCUUGGAAAUGGGAAUCGUGUGACCAAUGAGCGGCUGAAAUCCAUCGAAGAUGCAGCUCGUUCUAGCUUUCAGGCUAUGCCCAAGAAUGAGUACGGCAACUUGGAAGAUGCGGCUGCCCGGUACAUGCUUCAUCGUCUCUUUGUGCAGCGUCAUGGCAUGUACAUCAAGGGCUUGGAAGCCAGUGGAAUGGACUGGCAGAACACUUCCACUGUAGAGAUUCUUCAAGACCACGUUCCAUCCUUUGUCCUGUCACUGUUCGAGGACCGGUUGAAAGGUCAAGGGCUGGGGUUGCAUGAACUUACCGUUCUUGCAGCUACCCUCGAGCACUUGAUCCAUGAUGAGGCGGUUUCCAGAUUGUCCGUGGUGUACCAAGCCCACAAUCUAUCUGAAGAUGCUCGUGUGGAUGAAACCAGACUUCAGGAGCUCAUUGACACCUACAUGACUAUCUUCUUGGUGGGCAAGCAGGAAGUGACUGCUUUGACUGUGGCUGAGGAGCGUGCUGCAGUCGUCGAGGCAUACCCCGGAUGGUACGAGACACAGAAGUUCACCAUGCAGGUUCGCUCCAAUUUGCUUGCUUCAAAGGCAGCUGACCCCAACUUCGCACCAGGCAACCUGAGUUUCCAUGCAGCCACAUCUGUGGUUGAGGAAAUAGGUGAAAGGUAUGGCCGCUGGCAGGAUGCUGAGUGCAGGGAUUUGAAAAGGUCCCUGACCAACAUUGAGCAUGCUAGCACUGGCAGGGUGCUCUUGAAAGACUUCUAUGGGUCUGCUUUGAAAGGCAACUGGCAAUUCUCAGAGAGCAUUGCCUACUUGAGGGAACUUGGAGCUUUGGAUGAGUCUGACCCUUCCAACCUUGCUGUGCUGAUUCCCAACUAUGUGAACUCGCACUCAAAUUGUGUUGCAUCAAGCAGUGUCUACUCUGUUUGCUGCAUCAAUGAGUGUGAGGGGCUUUUGAGUCAUCUUGAACGUGAAGUGGCAGCUCCUCAAGUUGAGCCAGACCGGCUCUUGGCCAUUGUGUCGGACUUGCCUUCUGCUUCUGUGAAGGCUCCUCGCACCCUUUCUCCAGAGUUGAAGGACAGACUUCAUGAAGUUGCGAAGAAGCACAAUGGCAAGGUGCCGUUGCAUGGCCGCUUGUUUGCACAGUGGCUGCAUCAUGCCUACCCGCGCGAGUGUCCAUUCCCACACAUUGCUGGGAAGACCAAUCCUAUGACAGCGGAUGAAUGGAUGCAGAAUCGUCACGAGAAAGUGUCAGCAUCAAAGCAAGAUAUGCUCAAGGUGGUUCAAUCUGAUGCACCUGUUGCCGAAAUCAAGCGAGAGCUUCCCUGGACAGUGGAGGAGGAGUUGGUGAUUGGUUCCACCAAACCAGCUUCCAAACCAGCUUCCAUGGUGGUUUCCCUCCUCCGCCAAGUUUGUUUCUUUCUUGCAGCUGCCUCUGUUUGCAUAUUUUUCGGCAAAGACGCCAUGGCAAAGGCGCUCACGGCCAGAGAUGGCUUGCUGCUUCCCAUGGCACAGAAGCAACACGCGUGCUGAACGAACCAGUCACCAUGCAGAAAUCUUCCUGAGAGAAAAGCCAUUUGCGACAUCUAGAUUGGAUGAUGCGAACCCAUGGACUGA